AUGGCGUUAGCUGGCGGAAGUUCAGAGGUGUCAAAAAAGGUUCCAAAAAGUUCUCCUGUGUUUUCUCCACUGAAAAGACCCGCAAGGAAACCAUCAACUACAGCUGGUACGGUACUAUCUCGGCGGAGGUCUGCUGGAAAAAAUUCAGAACCACUUUUUCGAAUUUACAGAGUGCCAAAAGUUCAAGAUCCUGAUGGUACAAAGAGACAUCCGCUUAAUCCAGCAAAGUAUGCGAUUUUGACAAAAAGGUUAACGUCGUCUAGGUUGGGUACAAUUCGUAGCGGGGUUGACAACAGAUUUCUACGUGAGCUUAAAAAACUGUAUGGAAGAUAUUGUGAAGGAGAGUACGAAAUGUAUCAACUUCUGGAUGAAAGGGACAAAAUUUUGUCGAAAGUUCGUGUUAGAAAAGCUCACGUGGAAGAUGCAAAUAUUGUACAGGGAACUUGUGCGGACAUGUGCCCUGAGAAAGAACGUUAUUUGCGUGUAGUACAAAAAAGAAUCAGCCCUUACGAAUGUGAUUCAUCUGGAACAAUGGUUCCUGAUAUCACAGUCAAAGACUACAGCAGGAGUGCAGCAGAUCAGGAAGAGCCUUUGCCUCAUGAACUACGGCCAGCGCCUAUUUUGCGGCGUACGAUGAACUAUCUCAUUGGAAAGAUCGCUGAGGAGAUUCCAGCAAAAGAUGAGGAUUUGUCAGUGUGGUACGACUUCUUAUGGAAUCGCACUCGGGCCAUCAGAAAAGUAGAUUUUCUUUGUAUUUAUUCUCACUUGAGGGAGACCCUUAAGUUUAGAGACUGGUGUGAGCAUAAAGAUAUUACUCAGCAGCUUAUGGUGAACGAAACCGCUGUAGUUUUGAACGAGCAGUGUGCUAGAUUUCACAUUUUUGCAUCACACCGUCUUUGCAAACUUGAUUAUAACGAAUUUGAUCAAAAGAUGAAUACAGAGAACUUGUCGAAGUGUUUGCAAAGUUUACGCCAUCUUUACGAAGAUCUUGGUAAGAAGGGGAUUUAUUGUAAAUCAGAGGCUGAAUUCCGUGGAUAUGACAUAAUGCUGAACCUUGCUGACUCCUACAUUUCGAGGCAAGUACUUGCGUAUAGACCUGAAAUUCGCGUAUCUGCUCCAGUAAAGCUGGCUUUACAGCUGUUUGCUAGUUUUCAGAGUGGUAAUUACAGAAGAUUUUUCAAACUUUUGAAGGAAAAAGCUGACUAUCUUCAGUGUUGUAUAUGUCAUCGUUACUUUCCUGAAUUUCGCGAGCGUAGUUUGUCGACAAUAGUUGAAGCAUUCACCGCAAGUGGAUCGGCAUCUGCAAAAUUCCCACUUGGUAAGCUUUCGGGCUUGCUUGGUUUUGAUGGUGACGAGCAAACACGUGAGGUUGCUGGAUUUUAUGGAUUUGACUGUAAAUUUGACUCAGAUGUCAAAGAGGAAUUUAUAUUGUUGUCGAGAAGCGAGUUUAUUCAACGGAAAGAGCGUUUAAUUCUAAUGCAUUCAUGGAUUGAAGACAAACGUUCAUUUUUACCUCUCUCACUGGUUCUUAGUGGUGGCAGUGAUGUUGCAGUGGAACGUUGGAAACCUGCAGUUUCAUUUCAAGAUGGUGUUUAUGUUGACGACCCAGUGGUUAAUGAGUUCAUUUCUCAAGCAUCAUUGUUCGAAAUUAACAUGUUAUCAAUGUUUUACUUACUCGUUAGCGCAAGUGAAUCAAGUUAUCUAGUUCAAGAAUGUCAAGGAGAGACAAUGAGGGCUUUCUUUGCAAGAGAUGAUCAGGAUCAUACGACAGAUCCAGAAUUUCCUAGUUCCCAAGAAGAGGGGAGUGAAUACCACACAGUUGAGGAACUGGAAGAUCAUGCAGACGGUCUGCUGAAAAUCGUUAUUUGUGAAGUAUUGGAGGCAGAAACUUUGAACACAGUAGUAGGAACAUUGAAAGAUUCCCUAAUUGACGCUGCAGCAUGGCAACUUGUUGAUAAUGCGAUUGAAGAAGCGUUUAGAGCUGUUUGUUGCAACUUUUUCAAAGUAUGCGAAUCUAAGCGUCAGAUGGAUACCGCUCGUAAUAUUUUUAAUGAAAAAAGAGGAAUUGUCUUAUCAUUGACUGGCACAUUGAUGGAGUGUAUAGUCGACGAAGCGCUUAUGAGUUUUUUACGCACCACUGGAAAGCACUUUUUUUGUCUGAGCAUGAUCAAUAGAAAAAAAAGGUCAUUAGAUCAUUUAUCCGGUAAAAUGUAUAAUGAUGCUCUUGCUGAAGUAGUUGGCAAAGAGGUGGAGUGUAUCUGUAAUCGUGUAUUUGAUGAGGCGUUUGAGACGAGGAGGAGAUGUAAUGAGAUUUGUGAUCGUUUGGAUAGGUUAUGGCUAAAACAGUUCUUUGACCAAUGGAGAUUUCAUGUUUCUAGAAAAAAAAUAAAGUUAAAGAAGGCACAGCAGCUGCUUAACGGAUUCCCCAUUGUGCUGCCAGGUAUAAUGGAAACUUGGAGGGAAAAACGUACUAAAAGGAUUACUGAGAAGGCUUUUUCUCAUUGGAAAGAAUGGACGAGGCGUCGAAGAGAUAACGCUUCUUUUUUCAAGAGUUUUUUUAACGAAGGUAUAAAUAGUCGAAAGCGUCGUUAUCCAAUGUGCUACAAAGGUGACUUAUCCCUACGAUGCAAGCUGCUGAUGAAUGAAGAUAAAUGGGAAGAAGAAACAGCUGACGGUUUCGAUUUGCAAGGACCAUUGGCUUCAGGUUCUACUAGUGUCUCAAAUUUAAACGAAGAUGUAAGGAUUGCGCUUUGUGACAUCAUUUCAAUCAAAAAGUGCGCAAGCUUCGGUGCAAGUCCUUGCAUUAAAGGUGUGUCGACGGAGUUUAUGGAUAAACCGCAGUCGCCUCCUUUGUUGAAAAACUCACUAGCAAGUUUCACUGCAACCGGUGACAGAACACUAGCUCGGCCACUAGACGAAGUCAGGAAAAACGUGUCAUACGAUUUGGCUUCGAUUCGUCGACGAUUAGAUGAAUUUGAGAAGGAGCUGGCAAGCACGAGUUCUUUAUUUGAAAUGAACAAUGCUCGUUAUACUUCACUGCUUGAUGAUGUUGAAGACGGGAAGAAGUAA